AGAAAGCAUUGAAUAAUCUCAAACCUGUGCCGUCACCAAUAAGUCAUUAACGUUGAUCAAAACAACAGGGCAGGCCCUCUGCUUCGCUCUGGUUAGAUCUAAAUAAUCUAUUACAUUCGCUAAACCAGUUUGCCUGCCUCUUGUUUCUCUCGACGACGACGGAGACGACAACAGCUUCAUCGCGCCUGCAAUCUCUCCCUGUUAUGUAGAGUGAAGAUUAAAGUUGCAGAUCUUUAGUUUUAAAUGCAGCUUCGAAUCUGGAGAUUGUGAGGCGCAGUUUAGGUCUGGAAUUGAAGAGUUGAUACUUGUUGUUGCCUUUGUAAAUUGGAUCAGACAUGGUGUUUUGGGAGGGUUAUGUGAGUGAUGAAGUGAUGGGCAUUUUUGCCCCAAUUGUCAUUUAUUGGUUGUACGGUGGGUUUUACCAGCUAUUGCCGCCUUUGGAUGGGUAUCGGUUGCAUACUAGAAAAGAGGAGGAAGAGAAGAAUUUGUUGUCCCUGUCGAAGGUGGUUAAGGGUGUUUUGCUUCAACAACUACUUCAGGCUGCUGUUGCUCAUGCACUCUUUUUGUUGACAUCAACAGCUGAUGAAUCUGGAAUCACGAUCCAGCCCUCUAUUCCUAUCCAGAUUGUGCAAAUUAUUAUUGGAAUGUUUGUCAUGGAUACGUGGCAGUACUUUAUGCACCGGUACAUGCAUCAGAACAAAUUUUUAUACCGCCACGUCCACUCGCAGCAUCACAGGCUAGUCGUACCUUAUGCAAUAGGGGCACUUUAUAACCACCCACUGGAGGGUCUCUUGCUCGACACAAUUGGUGGUGCCAUUGCAUUUCUCACCUCAGGAAUGACUGCGCGGACAUCAGUCUUUUUCUUCAGCUUCGCUACAGUUAAAACGGUUGAUGAUCAUUGUGGACUCUGGUUGCCUGGGAAUAUCUUCCAUAUUUUUUUCCAGAAUAACACUGCUUAUCAUGACAUCCACCAUCAACUCCCGGGCACAAAGUACAAUUAUUCUCAGCCAUUCUUCUCCAUUUGGGAUAAAAUUCUAGGGACUCAUAUGCCUUACACUCUUGUAAAGCGACCUGAAGGUGGUUUUGAGGCGAGACUGGUCAAGGACUAGUUACAAUUUGACACUUCUCCAGUAUUAUUUCAACCUUUCACUUAACAAAGGAAUAUACUUUGGCUGGGUUGUGCUCUUCGAGGAAACAUGAAUUAGAAUUGUUUGUUUGACAUUAUAAACUAGAAGCAAGUCCAUGGGGUGUUCAUUGUUUUUCUAGUCCUGUGAAGGUAUAUUGUCCUGCUGGUAAUGGUAAUUUGUACCAAGCUACCCAAAGAUUUGUAUUUUUGAUACUCUGGGUUAUCCCAGUAUGUAGCAUAUCUGUCUCAUAUUGUUUUCCA